AUGCUGAUCAGACAGACUAGGACUGCUACACCCAGAAGAUCCCAGGAUCUCUACUCAUACGAUUUCCAUGAUGUGAGCCACCCCGAGGAGGUCCUGGAUGCCCUGAGGAGCUUCUACUCUGAUGGCCUGUUCACAGACAUCGCCCUGCAGUGCUCCUCUGGCCAGGUUCUGCGCUGCCACAAGGUGGCACUCUGCGCACGCAGCUCAUACUUCAGGGUCAUGUUCACUGCUGACAUGAAGGAGAGGACUGAUAGCCUUGUCAGGCUGCCGGUGGUGGAAGUGGAGGUCUUGUCAGCCUUGGUAGACUACAUCUACUCCUCCAGACUCACCAUAACCCAGCUGAACGUGGAGAGCAUGCUGAAGGCUGCUGACCUGCUGCAGUUUGGAGCAGUGAAGAGGGCCUGUGAGGCCUUCUUAGUGCGUCUGCUGGAUGUAGACAACUGCCUCGGCAUGCUGGCGUUUUCCCAGCUCCACGCAUGCCUCACCCUGGAGAAAGAAGCCCGCAGGCUACUAGCAGGCAGGUUUCAGGAGGUAAUGCAAGAAGAGGAGUUUCUAGAACUGGAUCCUGACAGCCUGAAUACUGUCCUAGCGGAGGAGAACCAGGAAGUGGUGGCCGAGGCGGUGGGCAGGUGGCUGGGUCAUGACCCUCUCAUCCGGACAAAACAUCUCUCCUCCCUGGCACUGGUUAACCCAGCAAACCUCAACAAUACCUUGCUGAAAAUGCUUGGUUACUAUGAGCUUAGUGACUUUGACAGCCUUCUGUCCUUGCUCACCUUAACGCCCAUGUUCAAACAGCCCUCCAUGAGCUUCACCAGGAUGAGAUCCAGCUACAAGAUGAUAGUAGUUGGGGGAUACCGUUGGCGCCCUUUGCCUGGGGUUCAGUGCUGGGACCUGUCGAGUGGGGAGUGGGUGCAGGGUGAAGACAUGCCGGAUCACUCCAAGGAGAGUUAUGCGGUGGCCUUACUGGGCUGUACCAUUUAUGUGAGCGGGGGGUACAGAACCAACAGCACUGAGGUGCUGGAUGCAGUCUGGGAGUACAACAGCGAGUCUGACUGUUGGACUGAAGGACAGCCCAUGUUGAUUGCCAGGUACUACCACUGUUCUGUGGCCUGUUGUGGCUGUGUGUAUGUUAUGGGAGGCUACAGAGGAGGUUCAGCAAUGCCCCGGACUGAAAUGUUUGAUCCCCUAAAGAGGACAUGGAUGGCUGUAGCUGAUAUGGUGCAAGGUGUAGGGAAUGCCUCUGCGACUGUGUUGGGAAACAGCAUCUAUGUGGCAGGUGGUAAUUGUGGCUUCAAGGGCAUCUGUAGCUACGACAAGAUCCAGAGGUACAAGGUGGACGUGGACCAGUGGAGUACCCUAACCACUUGCCCCCAUCCAGAGUACGGGAUGUGCCUGGUGUCUUUGAACUGCAGCCUGUACCUGGUAGGGGGCCAGACCACCCUCGUUGAGCGCUUCAACCCAGACACAGAGGAAUGGAUCCCGCUGGCCAGCAUGAAGGAGAGGAGGAUAGAGUGCGGGGCGGUGGCCAUGCUGGGCUGUGUGUACGUCACUGGGGGCUACUCCUGCUCUGAAGGGACCUACCUGCAGAGCAUGGAGAAAUAUGACCCUCACACAGAUACGUGGGACAUAGUUGGAGAUCUGCCCGAAGCAGCUCGUUUGCAUGGCUGUGUCUGUGUUUGUAAUGGCACGUAGCGCGGAAGGGCAGCGGCGAGCCAGAGAUACUGCAUCAUCACCUCGUCUUGGAACGACUGUUGUGCCAUUUGGGUGAGCUGGUGUAAUAGCUCCCCGUCAGGCAGUGAUGUAGCAGCUGGUUUAAGUUUUAUUGUAGUAUAUGUGGUUCUCCAGGGUCUGUCUCCUCCAAACCAACCGGGAACACUGGAAAACAAACUGGAAGGGGAAUGUUUAAUGUCCAUGUACAUUUCAUUACCUCUGGGGUUAAAGAAAUAGUUGACAUUUUUGGAAAAUAUGUCUAUUUGCUUUUUAUUUAGCCCAAAUAUGACAAAAUGGGUCACAUAAAUAGGUUAACCAGUAACUAUACAAAACAUAGCAGACUGUUUUUUCAGUUAGUAGCAAGAGCUGAAAGGCUUGUUUCUCAGCAAACAUUUUGACUCAUCAAAGCAAAGCUGUAAUUAAUACCAUUAACAGUUUCUCUGUUGCAUUGAAGAGUCAGUGAGGCCGCUGGUACAAUGGCAGCGCUCUGAUUCAGUGGCAUGCUGUUAUGAAGGGUCUUAGCUAAUCAAUAUCAGUUCAUCACAUGAUCGAAUAGAGACUUGACACUGGACAUCAACAUCAACAUACAUAUCACCCAGCAAUUGUCACUG